AUGGCGGUGGUGCUCGAUCAUUUGGUGCCCUACGUGCAGCAGAUGGUGAAGGACAUGGCAGCGGAAGAGUUGCGCGUGCUGGUGGGCGUCACCGGCGGGAUCAAGAAGCUUGAGGCUAGCACGGAGUAUUUUCAGGACUAUGCGACCGACGCCGAGAGGCGGCGCAUCGACGACGAUGACAGCAUGAAGAGGUGGGUACGCAAGCUCAAGGACGCUCUGUACGAGGCCACCGACAUCCUGGAGCUGUACCAGCUGCAUGCCGAGGACGAGGAGCGGCGGAGGCGGCGGCAGCUAGGCGCCGCGGACUGCUGGACAAUCAUCGAGGAGAAGGCGCCGGGUUUCCUUGAGCCGCUGCUCUUCUGCCUCCGGAACCCCGGCUUCGCCCACGGCCUAGGCGUCCGCCUCAAGCAGCUCAAUGCGAGCUUCGAUGAGAUCCGCAGGGAGAUGGUCGAGUUGGGGCUGAAGAAACAGUUGAUGGAUUCCUACCCGCUGGUACGGCGUAGUCAGCCCGGCGAGGCCUCCACUCCUCGCAGCCGCAAGACGACGCCGUCGCUCAGCAGGUCAUCAACGGUCGUCGUCGGGGACCGGAUCGAGUGGGACACAAGAACGCUGGUGCAGGAGCUGCUGGCCGACGACGAUGAGCCCGCAGCUGCAAAAAUCAAGGUGGUGUCGAUCGUGGGCGCUGGGGGAAUGGGGAAGACCACCCUGGCUAAGAACAUCUUCAACCACGGCGACAUCCAAGGGGGGUUCGCGUUCAAGAUCUGGUUGAGCGUCACCGACAGCUACGACGUGGAGAAGCUCUUGAGCUCCGCCGAUUCACAGGGCCUGACACCGUCACGGACGGGCAAGCUUCUCCUGGUGAUGGAUGAUGUGUGGCCUAAAAAUCAUCCGUGGGAUGGCUUCAACCGAAUUAUUAAUAAUGGCGCCGCCGCCCGAGUUAUCAUCACCACUAGGGACGAAGGCCUCCUCAGGAGCAUCACCACUAGGGACAUCGCCACCCUCCAGUACCAUGUCAACCCACUGCGCGACCAAGAUGCUUGGUCCUUGCUCAAGCAACAGGUGAUGUGUUCGCGGGAAGUCGACAGUGAGGACGUUGAUCGGCUACAACACAUCGGGAAGGCAAUUGUUUCGAAAUGUGAUGGUUCACCACUGGCUAUUAAAGUAAUUGCAGGCCUCCUAAGAAAGAACGUACAGGAGCGUUAUUGGAAGAGUGUCUUGGACGAACCACUAUGGUCAAGAGAUAGAAAGAAACAGCAUGAGGUCAUCAACUCUGUUCUACGCUUAAGCUACGAUGAUCUGUCUCCCCCUCUCAAGCAAUGCUUUCUGUACUUCUCCCUUUUCCCUAAAGGAUUAGUCAUCCAGUCUAAUCACAUUGUUGGGAUGUGGAUGAGCGAAGGGUUCCUAGGGGGCGGGCCUGGUGACAGAAGAACGCGGACAGAGAUUGAAGAGGAUGGGCUCGAUUACUACGAGGAUCUAGUCCUGAAGAAUCUCAUAGAGCCUGCUCCUGAGAUAGCUGGAGACGGAUCCGUGUGUAAGAUGCAUGAUGUUAUCCGCUCUUUCGCUCACGAGAUCGCCGAGGAAGAGCUUCUGGUCGUUGGCCCUGGCCAGAAUUCCCAGCUGGUUAGCUCAUCAUCGGCGAUCCGGCAACUGUCCGUAGAGUCAACCGAGCUGGAGUCAUCGUCGAUGGCGUUGCCCGAGUGGAGUAGGAUUUCAGGAAAACACAGGCUGCUAAGAAGUUUGAUCAUCAACGGCAGGGUGGAAUUCAAUGCUCCUACCGGUGGCGCCGCCGUCGCUGGAGAACCUACCUUGGCUAGUUUUCCCAGCCUACGAGCGCUGCUCGUGAGGCACGCAGAAACCGAGAGGUUUGUGGAGUCUCUCUGCAGCCUGAGGCACCUCAGGUUCCUUCACCUGGACAGCACGGAUAUAACGAGGCUGCCGGACGGCAUAGGCGGGCUGAGGUUCCUGCAGCACAUUGGGCUUGAUAACUGCAGCAAGUUUGGUGGCGAGCUCCCUAGGAGCUUCCUGGAGCUGGAGCGCCUGACGUCACUCAAGGUAGAUUGCACAGAGUGUACUGUGCCUAAGGGGUUUGGCGUCUUGACAGGCCUGAGGAGACUCUCUCUGUUCCCGGCGCAGACGGACGGGGACUGGUGCAGCCUGCAAGAGCUAGGGCAGCUCCAAGAGCUCGUCCGGCUCGAAAUAAGGGGUCUCGCGGCGGUGCCUUCCGCUGCGCUGGCUGCCGACGCCAGAAUCCACGACAAGGAGCAGCUUGUCGUCCUGGUGCUCAUGUGCUACAACCCACCGGAGUCCAUCAGCACCUCGGAGGGGAUGCGGGAGGAGUGCCAGCGGAUAGAGGAGGUGUUUGACCACCUCCGCCCACCUCGUCUUCUCGAGUGCCUGGUUCUCAAGGACUACAUGGGGCGCCGGCUCCCAAGCUGGAUGUGCGUGGGGGGCAAUAUCGACCUGGACAGCCUGACGUCGCUGGAGAUGGUUAGCCUCCCUUUCUGCACGCAGCUCCCCGACGGCCUGUGCCGGCUGGCCAGCUUGAAGCGCCUAUAUAUCAAAUAUGCUUCGUCCAUCCAGCGGGUGGGGCCAGAAUUCCAGAGGAACAUCAGCAGCAGCGGGAGCAGGAGGAGGAGGAGGUCUUUCCCAAAGCUUGAGUUCCUACGGUUCGAUAAGCUGCAACAGUGGGAGGAGUGGGAGUGGGACGAGGAGGAGGAGCAAGCCCAAGGCAACAAGGACAGCAUCGUCGCUAUGCCCAGGCUGCAGCAGCUCGGCUUCUUCUACUGCAAGCUGCGCCGCUUGCCUGCGGGGCUCGCCAGCAGCAACCGGCGUGCCCUCAGGGAGCUGGUGCUGUGGAAUCUCCCCUGCAUCACGUCCCUGGAGAACUUCCCUUCGGUGAAGGAGCUCAACGUGGCCAGGUGCCCCCGCCUGAGGAUCAUCCGCGGCCUCGCCAACCUGCGGGGCGUCAGCAUCGAGCUCUGCCCGGCGCUGGAGGUGCUGCAAGAUGUGCCGGCGCUCGACACCAUGCACUGGACGGACCCGACCGUGUAUGAGCUGCCAGACUACCUGGGGGGUCUCAAGCUAAACGUCCUUCACCUCUACUGCAACCCGGAGCUAACACGAGCACUCGCGUCGGGCAACUACCGGACCACGCUGGACAAACACCCUAUCUGCAACCAGAUCAGGGUUACACCUGCCGAGCUUGUCGACGUCGUCGUGUCAGGAGGAAGCUCAUCAACGUCCACUGUUUAA